CCCCCUUUUAAUGUUUCCCUCCUCUUUCUUAGUGGUGCUGGUGGGAAGACAUCAUGUGCGCUUCCAAACUCUGAUCAGGGUCACUUAAUUAUACCCUCGGGCAGUGCCUUCAAUGGGUCACGAAUUUGCAGUAAGUCGAAUGCGAGCAAUGGCUCCUCAAAUGCUAGAUGUCUAGUUCGAGAGCCAGCUGGGAUAAUGUCAACUCUGAGAUGUUGUCAAGCUCAUGCUGUUGGGUAUUUUCAUGCGAGAGCUCGUCUUUGGAUAACAUGACAAAACAUGGUUCAGUCAAAGUCUUCCUAUCCCCAUGCUAAAGUACUUGCUCUACCUAUUAUAGGGAGGUCCCCAGUCACUUGCACGGAACUGAGACGCUGCUGAGGGGAGCAUUGCACCUUGCUGGAUGCAUGUCUGCCCCACGACGUUUGAUAUCAUAUAUGAGAAGACGAAAAACGACAAUUAAGAAUAAGAAAGGGUUCGCAUCACGCAUGCCUGGGAGUUUUGCUCUUUGGUGGGAUGUUUUUCAGGACCUGUGCACACUACAUAGCAGCCCAGGUCCUUGUUGUAGUGUAAGGUAUCUGACAGGCUGACUUGUCUAAGUGUGGCCCUCGCCGGAAAUCUGCCGAAUGGGGUCCGGCGUGGGGCUCUUUCCGGACUGACCGUUAUUCCGCUCU